AAUAAAUGAAUAUGUAAUUUUUUGAUAGAAUAGGAAUAGUGCUUAUAGUAGUGAGAAAUAAAAAUAAUGAAUAUUUAGCAGUUUUGGAAACAAAAAAUAGAGGAUGGUGGUUACCUGGUGGAAGAGUUGAUCCAGGAGAAUCAUUUGAAAAAGCAGCUUUAAGAGAAACAUUAGAAGAAGCAGGAAUUAAUAUAAUUUUGAAAGGAGUGUUAAGAGUUGAAUAAGACAUAGAUUAAUUUAAUAGUUUUAUGAGGAUCAAAAUAGUUUAUUAUGCAGAACCAAUUGAUUAAAAUUAAGUUCCUAAAAUUAUUUCAGAUAAAGGUAUUAUUGUGUAAGUGAUUGAAUUUAAAUAGAAUCAGAAAUGGCUAAAUGGAUAAAUUUCGAAAAGCUACCUGAAUUGGGAAAAACUAAACAAGGUUGGAGAGGAUUAGAAUUAUUAUAAUGGGCUAAUUAUAUUGAAAAUGGAGGGAAUAUAAUGCCAUUAUGUACUGUAAGUAAAGAAGGAGCAAAUGUAGAAAUGGCUAAACCUUUUACUCUUAAAGAAAUUAAACAAAAUUGAAAUAA